AUGACUUGGUUCUAUUAUGAAAAUGGACAAUGUGUUUCUAAUGUCCAGAUGACACAAACACUGUCGCUUUGUAGAAAAUGGAACAAAUUUAAAGUUAUACAAGCAUUAGUAUAUCAGGGAAAAGACAAGUUUGUUCCUUUGAAUUUAGGAAUCAUGAUUAAUUCACAGUUCAGCAUCUGUAAUUUGACCAGAGGGGAUAGACGAGAUUCCAUCUCAAGCGAGGGUACUGAAGUUUGGACACCGUCUCUUUGUACAAGUGAAAACGAAAGUAGCAACAGUGACAGUGAUGAGUCUACUGCACAGUUAUCGUUAGACAGAUCAAUCAAGAAUAUAUUACCUUCAAGUAUUACCAACAAGAAGCCAUCACACUCGUACAUCGCUAUGAUUUCAAUGGCAAUACUGAGUAAACCUAAAAAGAAAUUGUUACUAAAUGAUAUAUAUCAAUACAUAAUGGAUAACUUCCCCUUUUACAAUAACAAAGAUAAAGCGUGGAGAAACAGCAUUCGACACAAUCUUUCCCUAAACGAGUGCUUCAUGAAAAAUGGAAGGGCCGUUAACGGCAAAGGUAAUUAUUGGUCUAUUCACCUAGCAUGCAUAGAUGAUUUCACAAAAGGAGAUUUCAGGAGACGACAAGCAAGGCAAAGAGUAAGAAAAAGUACUGUGAAAGCUGUCAAUGAUUUCUUGAAUGUAAACAAUGCCAGACAGAAACUGGGAUAUGUACCUAUGACGUCGUCGCAAAUUGGAUUCAAUCCAUACUUCGUGAGAGGAUUCCCAGUGCGAACAGACUUUGAAAAUCAAUAUCAGAAUCUCCAGUCUCCUGUAUCUGCACUCGGAGUGAUAAGAACAUCAUUUCCAGUAGUCAUGCAGUCAUUGAGAAGCAAUUCAUUAUUUCCUAUCGCGCCGUCAGCGGCAGUGGAACAAUCACUUAGUGUACCAUCAACAAACUAUGCGUCGUCAUCAUGCAACCCGCGUACUUAUUCAGACUUUUAUCCUUCUUGUUAUACGCAGAAAGGAAUUCCAGAUUGGUGA